AUGUCGCGCAGGUGGACUCUGGGAGGGACAGAACCGAUACGAUGUAACAGUCCGUACAUCCCGAGGUAUGGGUCUAUUGAUAACCUUCGUCUGGACUACAGUGUUGGCGACAGUAGCAGGAUCACAUGUGACAACAGUGCAGACAGCUAUAACCUUCAGUGCAACUCUGACGGAUUCUGGACGGGAAGCGUUCGUUCUUGUCCGGCACCAGUUGAAGCUCCGGAGAAGUGCAGCGCCCCUUACGUCCCAAGGUAUGCCACAAUCCAGGCCCUGAGGAUGAGCUACGACUUCAAUGAACAAAUAACCGUAACGUGUGACAACAGUACUACACAGUUUACCCUCAGAUGUGACGUGCAUGGCCUUUGGAGUGGUCCAGUUGUGUCUUGUCAAGAACCUUACAGACAACCGGUACGAUGUAACAGUCCGUACAUCCCAAGGUAUGGGUCAAUUGAUAACCUUCGUCUGGACUACAGUGUUGGCGACAGUGUUAUGAUCACAUGUGACAGCAGUACGGACAGCUAUAACCUUCGGUGUAACUCUGGUGGAUUCUGGAUGGGAAGCGUUCUUUCUUGUCCAUCGCCAAUUGAAGCCCCAGAGAAUUGCAGCGCCCCGUACGUCCCAAGGUAUGCCACAAUCCAGGUCCUCAAAACGAGUUAUGACUUCAAUGAACAAAUAACCGUAGUAUGUGACAACAGUACUUCACAGUUCACCCUCAGAUGUCACACGCAUGGCCUAUGGAGUGGCCCAGUAGUGUCUUGUCCCGAACCUUACAGACCCCCAGUGCAGUGCAGCGCCCCUUACGUCCCAAGGUAUGCCACAAUCCAGGACCUCAAAAUGAGCUACGAUUUCAAUGAAAGAAUAACCGUAACGUGUGACAACAGCACUACACAGUUCACCCUCAGAUGUGACGCGCAUGGCCUUUGGAGUGGUCCGGUGGUGUCUUGUCCAGAACCUUACAGACCCCCAGUGCAGUGCAGCGCCCCUUACGUUCCAAGGUAUGCCACAAUCCAGGACCUCAAAAUGAGCUACGACUUCACUGAAAGAAUAACCGUAACGUGUGACAACAGCACUACACAGUUUACCCUCAGAUGUGACGCGCAUGGCCUUUGGAGUGGCCAGGUGGUGUCUUGUCCAGAACCUUACAGACGUAAGACAUUAACCAAUUGUAGAAUAAAUUGUUCUGUGAUCUACCUACUGACCCUCUGGAAAGAAGACAGUAACCAACAGUGUUAA